ACCACACUUCCUGUCCCUGCGUCCUGAUCCAGUGCUGACAUCGCGUCAUGGGGCUCUGCCUAUCAGUGGCUCUCUGGAAGGAGAAGCUCUACGCAGACGGCGGCCGCCGGUCAGUGCGGGGGCGCGUCGACGAGGUUGCCGGCGUGAAGGGUGGUGGGUGCGAGUACGGGAUCUUGGGGGGCGAUGUGCUGGAGGUGGAGAAAAAGGUGUUGGUGGCUCCGGCGGCCGAGGUCGUGAAAAGUGGUGGAGCGGAAGGAGCAGCCGUGUCGGGCGGCACGCCGGCGCGGCCGAUAUGGCAGAGGAGGGUGCUGAUGGGCGUCAAGUGCCAGCUGCCACGGUUCAGCGGGAUGAUACUCUACGACGAGAGCGGCCGGCCGGUGUGCAGCAUCCGGGACAGAGCUCGUGACCAGGAGAAGCAUGCGGCGGCGAUCUCAGUGCUAAGGGACCUGCUCUAGGCUGUCAGUGAACGGUGGCACUUGUUCCCGACCACAGCUUUCUGUUCCAAUACUAUGUUUGUACAUCUUUGUUGAUGGGCUGCAUGUUUUCAGUCUGCAUCAGGAGCUAGCCAGCUCGGCAAUAAAAUCCUUCACAAUU